CAACUUUUUCUGUCGUUCAACUUCCGUAUACGUCUCGGUUGACCAAACGCACCACACUAAAUAACUCAACUGAAUUUGCACCGAACAUACGGCAGCCUCGACAUAGCAUCCCCAUCACUACCUACCUGGAGUAAAAUAACAUGAAUUAAAUCUUCGUCUUCGAUAAAAACGUUUCACGUUGCGCGUUAACGCUUUUCUCGCUAGCUUAGCUGUACCUGCUAACCGCUAACAAAGAGUCGCGCAUAGCGUCGACCGAUCGCGAAGCAGAGCUCAAGUGCGACCGUAAAGCGUUGUGAUCGUCGUUGGAAAAUGUGUGCAGAAAGUGUGAAAGAAGAGUACGAAGAGGAACGCUGUGGAACAAAAGAGGAGAGCGAGCGUCAACGACUGGACGCCGUUUUGAAGAAGCCUCACGAUGUGUUAUGCGGAGCAGACACCAGUGAAGAAGAUCUUUAUCCAGAGAUGCAGGAGCCAGAGUUCUCCUCCGUUAAAGAGGAGGAGGAGGAUGGACCCUCCCACCUCAAAAAUGAAGAGGCGCCAGAGCCACGCCAAAUUAAAAAGGAAAAGGAGCCACAGUGUCGUCACACAAAAGAGGGGACCAAACACGUGAAAGAGGAAGAGAAGCCCGAGCCCCCUCUUAUUAAAGAGGAAGAGCUGGAGUUAGAUAUUACAGAGUUUCCAUUCACAGUUAUUGUGAAGUGUGAAGAUGAUGAUGACGACGACGACGAUGGAGAAGGUGAUCGAGAAGACUAUGGAGGAUUCCAACAAGACGGCCUCUUGGCUCCGCUGUCACACUCUCCUGACACUGACCAUGGCACUGAUGAGCACGCAGGAGGUCAUGUGACAGGUCACACCGAUAACCAACACGUGAAAUGCUCUCAAUGCGACAAAAGCUUUUUCAACAAGUCCGCGUUGAGACGACACACCAGAACGCACAAUCGAGACAAGUCUUUUGCCUGCUCCGUUUGCGGCAAAAGAUUUAGUCAUAAGGGACAUUUGAACAUCCACAUGCGGAUGCACACGAAAGAGAAACCUUUUUCCUGCUCACUUUGUGGCCUGAAAGUGACUCAUAAGAGUACCUUAACGUAUCACAUGACAAUCCACACCGGAGAGAAACCUUUUGUCUGCUCCGUCUGCAACUUAAGUUUUGGAAGGCGUUCGUAUUUGAUCAAACACACACGAACACACACUGGGGAGAAACCCUUUUCCUGCUCAGUUUGUGAGAAAAGAUUCUGUAUCAAGGCAGAUUUAAAAAAACACACACGAACACACACUGGCGAAAAACCCUUUGCCUGUACAGUUUGCGGUAAAAGUUUCUCCUUAAAGGGGAGUUUAAGAACACACACACGGACACACACUGGGGAGAAGCCAUUUGUCUGCUCAGUUUGUGGUAAAAGUUUCACUGUGAGAACGUGUUUAAUAAGGCAUACUCGGACGCACGAUGGGGAGAAACCUUUUGCCUGUUCAGUUUGUGGUAAACGAUUCCACGUGAAGACAUGUUUGACAAGGCACACGCGAACGCACACCGGAGAGAAACCUUUUGCUUGCGCGGUCUGUGGCUUAACCUUCAUUGAUCGCACGGGAUUGGUUCGACACACGAGAACGCACACUGGGGAGAAACUGUUUUCAUGCUCAGUUUGUGGUAAAAAGUUCACGCAAAGGUGCAUAUUGGAGAAACACAUGAGAAUACACACUGGUGAAAAACCAUUCAGUUGUAGCCUGUGUGAAAAGAGAUUCACUCGUAAGGAUCGCGUUAAGAGACACAAGUGUGCCGGUGAAAAUAGCAGUGGGAAAUGAAGCUUUGCAAAAAAAUUUCAAGAAACUUUCACUUUGAGCUGAGAUGGAAACGCGUACGCGUGAUCCUACGCAAAGUACGGAUCUUGAAGCAGCUCAUGUUCCAUUUCUGACUACGUUCUUGCCAUGAGUGCUGCCAGGCCUAGGAGAGAGAGUGGGAGGAGCUUAAGAGGAUGGUCACAUGAUGCUCGCGGAAGCUCCGCAUUAGGAUAAGUUUACACGUGACAAUGACUGCUUUGGAAUACUUUGGUGGUCUUGAGAUUUUAUUGUAUUUUUUUUUAAACCCGGUAUCAAUUCAUGACACCAUGUUCCUGACUGAGCAAAGCAGCCCCAUUUGGUGCAGUGUUAUCUUUGGACACUAUACAGGCAAGUUUGAUGGUAGAAUUUUGUUUAAAAUAAACAAAACAAAAAUAAGGACACUGAAGUGAGUGCAUUUGCACGAAAUGUAUUUUGACAAGCCACAACACUUGUGGGGCGAUGCUUUGUGACGAUUGUCUGCAGCACUGAGCUCUACUGGAUGUUGCUGCAGUCUAAUGAACAGUGAGAAAAUGAGGCCAAGUAUGUCCCUACCCCCGACAAGCUCCAGUGAUACGUGUCUUAAGUUUUGCCGUAUGCUCUUUUUGUUCUAUAAAGUGGCAAUUGUUUGAAGGUUUUCUGCUCUGACUACUCCGCUCACAUCUGUGCAUUUUCUCUUAGCAUGACUCUACGCACAGUGGACUUUAGGUAGAUGAAGAUAAAUGGAUUAGCGGAGGAUUUUGGUGUUUACACAUGCAAUAUUUAAUUCUGUUCUGUUUUAUAUGUGAGUUUUCCAGUAAAGCAUUUCCUCAGGUCCUGGAGGGCUGCUGUCCUGCAUGUUUUCCAAGUCUCCCUGUUGCAACACACCUGGACAAUUUAGUGUGUUCAAUCAGCCUGCCACGCAUGUUUUUGGAGCGUGGGAGGAAACCGGAGCACCCGGAGAAAACCCACGCAGGCCCAGGGAGAACAUGCGAACUCCACACAGGGAGGCCGGAGCUGGAAUUGAACCCGGUACCUCUGCACUGUGAAGUCGACGUGCUAACCACUGGACUAUCGGGCCGGCCCCUCAUAUAAAAAUGAAAAUAAAAAGAA